GGAGGAGGAAUUGAAAGGUCUUGUUCAGCUCUCCUGUAACAGUCCUUACAGAGCCAUGGCAAAGACAGCGGUGACACUUCUGGUUCUGUGUCUGUUUCAUGUCUGCUCUCCGGUCCCUGUCAGCCGGCCCACCAACUGGCUCCGUCAGUGUCGGGCAUCCACCAACCUUUCCAUCACAGCACUGGAGGUGCUGCCAGGUGGAGGCUGGGACAACCUGCGGAACAUGGACAUGGGUCGGGUCAUGAACUUCAGCUACUUCCAGUGCCAGACAACCGAGGAUGGGGUCUACCUUAUCCCAGAUGAGGUGUUCGUCAUUCCACAUAAGGAGACGGGUGUGGAGACCAACUCGGAGAUAAUCAGCUCCUGGUUGGAGGAGAAAAGCACAACAUCUCACACCAUCAAUUCAGAUAUAUCUUUCACCUCAGUGCUGAACGGCAAAUAUUCCAGUGAGAACCAGAGGAUGAAAACUCACCAGGUGAAAGACUCUUCAACCACAGCAAGAGUGCAGGUUCGGAACUUCAUUUACACAGUUAAAGCUAAUCCAGAUUUUGCCCUGGACUCUCGUUUUGCUGAGCAAGUGAAAGAAAUUGCCGAUGCUAUUGAAAACAACCAGACUAGAAAUGCAGCCUAUCUCUCGGAGAAGAUGGUACUGGACUAUGGAACCCAUGCUAUCACAAGUGUUGAUGCUGGGGCCACUUUGGUGCAAGAAGACUACCUUACUUCCUCAUAUGUGUCAGACAGUGUGUCACAAAGUUCCUCCAUCAAAGCUUUGGCUGGAUUAAACUUUUUUAACAAACUCAAGUUUGACAUAAGCAGUCAAAGUUCCCAGCAGAGUUCUGAGUCCAAGACAUAUCAGUCCAACAUUCAGUACUCUCUUAUUCAAAGCCAUGGAAGCAUUCCUUUCUAUCCUGGCAUCACUUUGCAGAAGUGGCAAGAAAAUACCCAGAACAACCUGGUUGCCAUUGACAGAUCAGGAUUUCCCCUGCACUACUUUAUCAACACCAACACUUUGCCUGAUUUGCCGCAGCCUACAGUCAUCAAAGUGGCUCUGUCAGUGAGUCAGGCCAUCGAACGCUACUACAAAAUCAACACCCGGCCCGGAUGCGUUGACGUUAACUCAAAAAACUUCAACUUCCAGGCCAAUGUUAAUGAUUUAUCCUGUGAGGGCCCAGUGACAAAUCUCAGUUUUGGUGGUGUCUACCAGAAGUGCACUCAACUCUCCUCUGAUGCUGGUCCACUUUGUGAAGCCCUGGCUCAGAAAAAUCUAGACACAGGCGACUAUUUCUGCCGUCCCCCUUAUGUCUCCACUUUACUGAGAUCAGAAGUGAGACAGCAGGGUUACACUUCCUACAAAUGCCAUGAUGAAGUCCAUCAUUGUGGAAUUUUUGGUCUUAAGCAUUGCCAUCGUCAAGUGUGUCAGGACUACUACUACGUCCGCAUUGCUCGUAUCGACACCUACUGGUGCUCUGUGAAUCAAGAUGCUCCACAAAACUCAGGCUAUCUGUUUGGAGGCAUAUACAGCCCCUCCCUCUUGAACCCCAUCACAAACACCAAAAGCUGCCCUCCCAAUUUCGUACCCAUAAAGUUUCUCUCAGAUGGCGAAGUGAUCUGUUUGAGUAAGGAUUAUGAAGCUGGUUCCAGAUUCUCAGUGCCUUUUGCUGGCAUCUUCAGCUGUGAGUCAAACAACCCACUAGCAGGGGGUCAACGUCGCUGCCCUGCAAAAUUCAGUCAGCACCUCGCUGCAGUCAGCGACGGAUGUGAGAUUCUCUACUGUGUCCAGUCAGGAAUUUUCACAGGUGGGCAACUGCUGCCAGUUCACCUUCCUCCUUUCACCCAGGCUCCGUUAAUGGUGAACAUGAAAGUUACCAAUACGGUUAUGGUGCUGAUGGAGGGGGAGAAGAGCUGGGUGAGGGUGGGAGAGACCAGGAUGUGGAAACUGGUCAAACCAGAAGAACUAAUGACAAUUGAGCAGAGUCUCAGAGCAGAAUCGAGUCAGUUGCCUGGUGGCGCACAGGCAGGCAUAGCCAUUGGGGUAAUUGUUGCAGUGGCAGUGUUGAUUAUAGCGGCAGUUCUCUUGAGAAAGAGAAGGAGGAACCUGCUUGGGUCUAGAGGCUAUGAGGAAAUAAGAGGAGAGUUUGAAAGGGAGGAACAGAUUGAGGCAUGAGAAACAGACAGAGGCACAGGUUUACACAGUGCAAGCUUUAAUUUCCUUUUUCAUGUCAUAUUAUAAAACAUUUAAAUGUGAAUAAAUGUAACUGUUGCUCGAGUUUCCAAUCAUUUUUAAUCUAUUAAAAAUGCCCAAUUCACACUGUCACAACUGCAGUUUUCAUAGUAUCAUUUUUCUGUCAAUAUCUUUUGUGUAUAUGAGUGUAAAACUACUGUUGAGUAAAAAAUUUCUGCAUUUUCAUUUUGCAAACUAUUCACUGCUGCCUUAUUGAAUAGACCUAAAAUACAAAUAAAAAUUGGCCUCCAGCAGCUAUUCAAAAUGCAUCCAAGAUGGCUGCAGAAAUAUGGGUCAGUUGGCAGCCAUCUUGGAUGCAUUUUCAAAUUCCAUUAAUGAAAUGCUACAUUCUAUUUUGCAUUUGAGGCCAGUUUUUAUGUUGAGGAAAUUUUCACUUUAGUUUAGACAGAAGUUGCCAAAGAGCUGGUCCUACAUGACCAGAUUUUUUUUUUUAAUGAAACAACUAUGAUAGAAACAAAUGUGUGAAAAUGUUGUUUAUCAACAUUUAAUUUGUUCCUAAAAAGAAGACAAGUCUUCCUCAAACUAGUGAGCUUUGGGUUUUUUUGCUCAUUGCUGUUAUUAUUUGUUUUUGUUUGUUUGUAUGAAUGCACUGAUAUUCCUGAUGUGGUCACCUCCAGUCAGCCAUGUUGUUUGUUUUAAAUGAUUUUUCAUCUGUUGUUAAUUUGUGUCCACUGUAGUGGCUGGUUUGGUUAUUUGAACCGUGUAUACAUGUAGAAAUUGCUUUAGUACCUUUUCCAUAAAACACAUCCAAAAAAGGGUUAAAAACACAAAAGUAGUUUGUAGAUUUUAAAUCAGUACUGCCCUCAUGUGUUCAAGAUGAAAAGUAGAGAUGAAUGAUUGCACAAUCUUUGAGUUUACAAAAUGUUUUUUUUUUUACAAAUAAUGACAUUGUCUUAUUGUACCUUUUGUGCCAUGUUGUCAAAAAUAAUAUGUAUGUCUUUGUUCUGUCAUGUACUUAACUGCUAAUAAAAGCAAUGCAAAACUACUGAAUG